CAUGCACUAUUCACUUGUAGAAGGAUCUUAAUAAACUGAUUCCAUUCAUUAUCCUUCUAAACAACAUUUUAGAUAUCCUUCCUAAUUACAAAUGGGUUCUCCUAGAAUCAUCCUAUUACAAAAUCACUUCCCUCUUGUCAAACCAAUCAAUGUCAGAAAACCAUAAUAAGGAUCUAAUUUUAAAUCAAUUAAAAAUACAUACUAUACUAAUAGAUAACCUGUCAAAACUCUUUGUAAUGAAUAAUUAGAAAUACCAUAACAUGAAAAAGUUUUAAAAGAAAAAAACAAAAAACUAUAAUUAAGGAAAAAUAUGACCAGAAAAUUAUUAAAAAUCACUGAGUAUCUAGCAUCCUAUAGAAAACCCUGA